UUCUAACAAAGAUUGAAAUGCAGCAGGAAUAUCGCGUGCGUUGACUGAAGACUCCGCGUGAUCAAGUUACAUUAUUGUUGAAUGAUUCCGGAACAGCGAGCCUUGCACUCUUCAGUUUUCGCACGUUGAUCUGUCAGGGCAGUCAGAGUUGCUGAGUUCAGGGUAGUGGUUGGGGCUAAUCAGGGGUACAAGGGGUACAAUUCGUCAACUGGAUAUCAACGAAGCUCCCAAUAGAUUCAUGUGUAGCAUAAAUUCACAGUAAAACAUUUCCACCGAUUGCAAUAAACUAUCGGAUUUUUCAUCCAGUCUUGGUUACGUCCGAUAAAAUGUCAAGCGAAAGUGUCAAAACGUUUGCGAGUCUGGAGACACCCGGAUAUGUUGGUUUUGCUAAUCUACCCAACCAAGUGCAUCGCAAGUCCGUCAAAAAGGGGUUUGAAUUUACAUUGAUGGUUGUCGGCGAAUCUGGACUUGGAAAAUCCACGCUGGUGAAUAGCCUGUUCCUUACAGACUUGUACCCAGAGAGAAUUAUUCCCGAUGCAGUUGAAAAGACAAAUCAAACUGUCAAGCUGGAUGCCUCGACUGUGGAAAUAGAAGAGAGGGGUGUGAAACUUCGGUUAACGGUUGUAGAUACACCUGGAUAUGGUGAUGCCAUUGAUAAUACCGACAGUUUUAGGGCAAUAAUUCAGUAUAUCGACGAUCAGUUUGAGAGAUUUCUGAGAGACGAGAGUGGCCUCAAUCGUAGAAAUAUUGUCGACAAUAGAAUCCACUGUUGUUUUUACUUCAUAUCUCCAUUUGGUCAUGGAUUGAAGCCCCUGGACAUCGAGUUUAUGAAGCAACUUCACAACAAAGUAAAUAUUGUGCCAGUAAUAGCAAAAGCAGACGUACUUACGAAGAAGGAAGUUUUGCGUCUAAAGAAACGCGUCAUGGAAGAAAUAGAAGGUAGUGGUAUAAAGAUAUACCCACUUCCGGACUGUGACAGCGACGAGGAUGAGGAUUACAAAGAACAGGUCAGGCAGUUGAAAGAAGCCGUGCCGUUUGCCGUUUGUGGCGCCAACACUCUUCUGGAAGUAAAAGGAAGAAAAGUUCGGGGACGGUUGUAUCCGUGGGGAGUUGUAGAAGUAGAAAACCCUGACCAUUGUGACUUCAUUAAGUUGAGAACAAUGCUCAUAACACAUAUGCAGGAUCUUCAAGAAGUUACCCAAGAAGUUCAUUAUGAGAAUUAUCGUUCCGAGAGACUAGCUAAGGGAGCUCCAGCCCCACCGAGACGUCAAACGAUCAUCGAGUCUGAAAAAACUACUUCGGUGAAUGAGAAAGAUCGUAUUCUACAAGAAAAAGAGGCUGAGUUACGACGCAUGCAGGAGAUGCUGGCCCAGAUGCAAGCCCAAAUGCAACAACAACAGCCUUAGAAUUUGAGGCGUGCUAAAUACCUUGAGGAUAGAAUCUCCAUCUUGCCAGGUGCCAAAAGUAAAGAAAAACUAUAGUACUAUCUGAAAUUUCGAUCAAUCACGUGAAUUGCUCCAAUAUUUCUUCUAUCCUAUCAAAAUUCAAUCCAUAUUAUAGUGAAAACUUUUCCAGAAAAAAGAUUAUACGAUAUAACUGAAAAGAAUGUCUUAUCCCCGAUGGGUAAUUCAGAAUAUCUGUAGCUUUUUUUUUCCUAAAUAUCAGGUGGAACGUGCACAAUGAAUAUCUGCCUACCUAUAUUAGAAACUGAACCAAAAAAUGAAAAAAUAUGCAGUAUUUUUUUAAAUUCUUUACAAUUUAAGUAUGGAGAGUGCCUUGCUGUGUUUUAUUUGUACGAGGUGCAUCAUUUUGGCACACUUCUUUCACGUAGCCCAGAACCUUGAAAUUUUUCUCUCCGAUAUCUUGUGCUUCUUAAAAGGCUACCGUUCGAAAUUGGACUUUAAGAUGGGUUGAAAAAGAUGCAGAGAAGACCUCGUAACAUGAGGAGACUACGAACAAUCUAAUCGCAAUUGCAAUAUGUAAGACCACAUUGGCGCGUGUAUAAUCGUGCUUAAAAUAUGCAUAUAACUAGAUAACAUUUUGUGUAAGGGAGGUAUGAAUUAAAUUUUCGUAUUUCGAUAUAAAACUUUUCUCAUAUCAAAAUUAUGAUUAAUUACUGCCAAAUCGAAUCCGAAAAUUUUCGAAUGUGAUUAAGCAAAUAGAAUCAUAUUAGGUAUUGACUAAAUUGCUAAAAAUCAUUCAGAGUACAUACUUAAAGAUAUUAUAUAUACAUAUUUUUUCUAUAAAAAAAUAAAUAAAGAAUAGGCUACUUGAUCGUUGUGAGAACGCAUUUAUGUAAUCAUUACUGAAAUUUUACUUGUGUAUAGGCUUCAAACUAUUAUGUUUUUUCGUAGGCAUAUUACUAUUUUAAUCCUAGCCUUCGUGAAAAGGCUUUUUUUUCUUCCAAUUUGUAUGCGUUCAAUUUUUUCUAAUGCGGAAACGGUUAUCGCCCAUCUUCUUGAAGUGAAAUCGAUCAAGGGGUUGUCAAAUAUUUCGCAGACGUGAAUGUGAAGUAGAUAGGCUUUUUAAGGAUUUAUAGGAAAUUACAUUAUCAGGUAUACAUAUAAGCUAUUUUAUUACAGAUCGAAAGCUCUUGACAACUCCUCCGUCGAGCCUAGUGAUUUUAUUAUAACACUUGAUAAGUUUUCUAAUUACAAACAAAAAAGAAAAUAUAUAUGUUAUAUUGACUCGUAA